ACCGAGGCUGACUGAGCGGGCGCUCCAGUCCAGUCUGCGGACCAAACCGAGCAGCAACGAAUCUCACGACUAACGAGUCGCAGCAGGACCCGAACCUGGACCAUGAGAGGAGGUGGAACCAGGCGCACCGAGCCGUCAUAACCAAAACUCGCAGAAAGAUGAAGACACCGCUGCGCCAUGGCGUGGCUGCGCUGCUCAUGGUGCUCCUCUGCGCCAGCCUCUUCCUGGUUUACAACGGCAGUUUCAACGGCGCCGCCAGGGACGCCAACGACACGCGGCGGCAAGAACAGCUGCCGCGGCCCGUCGUUUCCUCUGUCAGGCUGUCUGAGCCUCACCCACGCCCCCUGCAGGGCUACAGCAGCAUCAUGGACCAUAAGCCUCUCAGGAUGCACUGCCAGACGUGCGCACUGGUGACCAGCUCGGGUCACCUGAUCGGCGGCGGCCGGGGCGAGGAGAUCGACGGGGCCGAGUGCGUCAUCCGCAUGAACGACGCACCUGCCGCCGGGGACUUUGCUGCCGACGUCGGGCGCCGCACGUCGCUGCGCGUCAUCGCCCAUUCCAGCAUGCAGCGGGUCCUGAGGAGCCGCCACCAGCUGAUCAACGCCAGCCAGGACACGGUGUUCAUCUUCUGGGGGCCCAGCAACUACAUGAGGCGCGACGGAAAGGGUCUGGUCUACAACAACCUGAGGCUGAUGAGCCAGGUCCUGCCCAAGCUCAAAGUCUACAUCAUCUCCUGGCAGAAGAUGCUGCAGUUUGACGAGCUCUUUAAGAAGGAGACUGGCAAGGACAGGAGGAUAUCGAACUCGUGGCUGAGCACCGGCUGGUUCACGAUGACCAUUGCCCUGGAGCUGUGCGAUAGGAUCAAUGUCUACGGCAUGGUGGCGCCCGACUUCUGCAGCAGGGAGCCGGAGAACAACUCGGUGCCCUACCACUACUACGAGCCGCGAGGUCCUGACGAGUGCACCAUGUACAUAUCGCACGAGCGCGGGCGGCGAGGCAGCCACCACCGCUUCAUCACAGAGAAGCGGGUCUUCGCCAACUGGGCACGGACGUUUGACAUCCACUUCUACCAGCCCGACUGGAGCCCCGCCCCUCUGCCGGCCAACCGGACCCUGAAGGCCAGCCUCACGGCGGGCCGCCAGUCGUGAUGGAAACUAGGGACUCUGAGGGAAUAAGCGGUCUUAUCGAGUCAACAACACGACAACUUCUGUUCCAACGCUCCAUCAACUGAAGGCGUUUCAAAGUCACUCGGUGACUCUUUUUUUCCCCUGACAAACAACCCAGAGAAGGUAAAGUUACACGAGGUUGGAGCAUCCUCAUCUUACAGUCACUCGGGAGAGCUUGCACUGUCAAUCACUGUGGGUGUUUGUGAGAGAACCAGAGUGUGCAUCAAGCACUGAGAGCCAGUUCAAUUUAAAGUUAAACUUCAGACGUUCUGCAGUUACCAAAGAUGAAGAAGAGGCGGUGCCACACAAGCAAAAAAAAUAAAAAUAAAAAAUUGUCAAAAACGUCCACAACAUAUUUCCCAGUCACGUUCACAACAAAAAGGUGCGUUUAGUUAGCUCAACAUGUCAUAACGUUAACACAGUGUUUUUCAACCCUUUUUUGAGCCAAGGCACAUUUCUAGCGUUGAAAAAAUCCGGAGGCACACCACCAGCAGAAAUCAUUAAAAAACUAAACUCAUUUGACAGUAAAAAGUUGUUGUCGCAAUUGUUGGAUAUGACUUUAAACCAUAACCAAGCAUGCAUCAAUAUAGCUCUUGUCUCAAAGUAGGUGUACUGUCACCACCUGUCACAUCACGCCGUAACUUAUUUGGAGUUUUUUGGUGACUUUUUCUCUUUUUUUUGGUAUUUUCCUGUAGCAGUUUCAUGUCUUCCUUUGAGCGAUAUUUCCCGCAUCUACUUUGUUUUAGCAAUCAAGAAUAUUUCAGUUGUUUUUAUCUUUCUUUGUGUCUGUCAUGUCAUGUUCGGAUGUACAUUGUGGACGCCGUCUUUGCUCCACAGUAAGUCUUUGCUGUCGUCCAGCAUUCUGUUUUUGUUUACUUUGUAGCCAGUUCAGUUUUAGUUUUGUUCUGCAUAGCCUUCCCUAAGCUUCAAUGCCUUUUCUUAGGGGCACUCACCUUUUAUUUAUUUUUAGUUUAAGCAUUAGACACCUUUUUACCUGCACACUGCCUCCCGCUGCCACCUACUGAUAUGGAAGAGUAUUACACGGUUACUCUGCCGAGCUCUAGACAACACCGACACUCAACAACAACACUUCAUUUGCAGACUAUAAUUACCGGUUUGCAAAAAAUAUUUUUAACCCAAAUAGGUGAAAUUAGAUCAUUUCCCACGGCACACCAGACUGUAUGUCACGGCACACUAGUGUGCCGCGGCACAGUGGUUGAAAAACACUGCGUUAACAAACACACACCUGCUAAUGGCAACACCUUAAUGAGUCUGAUUAAAGUCAGAACACAUAGGAAGUGAAAUGACUCCUGCAUGUAUUUUAUGUAACGUUACAUUUAGAGCGGGGGUGUCUAACUCACUUAGACUGCGGGUCAAAAAAUGUAUAGAUUGCUGCCAUAUUUCAUGUGCACACAAGUACGGCAGUCGGGAUGUCGGGUAGACAAAGACAAUUUCUGGGAGUUUUCCGCAGAAUCCUCAAGAGUUUGAAUUGCGUGUGAAGAGCAAGUGUUUCCCUUAAUGUCUUGUUGUUGUUACAAUGAUCACUUUUGAUUCAUGCAUUUUUAAAGGGGACCUAUGAUUAUUUUAAUCUACAUUUAAAUUUUGGUCUAUAGGCCCUUGUUCACACUGCAGGUCAAUUCCAAUUUAUUUACCCACCUGUAUCGGAUUUUUGGGACAAUGCAAUUCCGAAUUUUUCAUAUCCGACCCAGGCCUGUUUCAUAUGUGGAUAUAAAUCGGAUACAUACCGUAUUUUUCGGACUAUAAGUCGCACCGGAGUAUAAGUCGCACCGGCCGAAAAUGCAUAAUAAAGAAGGAAAAAAACAUAUAUAAGUCGCACUGGAGUACAAGUCGCAUUUUUUGGGGAAAUUUAUUUGAUAAAACCCAACACCAAGAAUAGACAUUUGAAAGGCAAUUUAAAAUAAAUAAAGAAUAGUGAACAACAGGCUGAAUAAGUGUACGUUAUAUGAGGCAUAAAUAACCAACUGGUAUGUUAACGUAACAUAUUAUGGUAAGAGUCAUUCAAAUAACUAUAACAUAUAGAACAUGCUAUACGUUUACCAAACAAUCUGUCACUCCUAAUCGCUAAAUCCCAUGAAAUCUUAUACGUCUAGUCUCUUACGUGAAUGAGCUAAAUAAUAUUUGAUAUUUUACGCUAAUGUGUUAAUAAUUUCACACAUAAGUCGCUCCUGAGUAUAAGUCGCACCCCCGGCCAAACUAUGAAAAAAACUGUGUCUUAUAGUCCGAAAAAUACGGUAUGCCAUGCCUUCUUAAUGUGAACUUUGCCGUGCUCAGGUGGCAUUCAUCCGACCAGAACGUCAUCAAAAAGCGACAAGUGUCAUAAUUAUUCACCAAAAUAGACUGUUACAAAGUAAAUAGUUGACAUUGGAGCAGAAAACGGGUGAAAAUAAAGUUUUAAGAAUGCACAUGAAAGUUCCACCAAUCCAGUCUCCCACAGACACGCCCUUUAAGCAGACAUUGAAGCAAAUUAUCCCGUAAAACUGCUACAGUUGUCCUCUUCUUUCUUUUAAGCAUAGUAACUUAGUUCAGAAAUAUGUUGAGUUUGAUUGCACAAAAUCCUUGAAAUUGCCACAAAUGCGCCAGUACUGAGAUCGACUAGAGCAGGGGUCGGCAACCCAAAAUGUUGAAAGAGCCAUAUUGGACCAACAAUACAAAAAACUAAUCUGUCUGGAGCCGCAAAAAAUGAAAAGCUGUAAAUAAGUAUGAUAAUGAAGACAACACAUGAUGUUACGUCUAUAUUAGCUAUAAUAGCCUACUAUCAAAAUGACUAUGUGUCGGAGGCUGACACAAAUCUUUGUUGACAGAAAUAUUGGUAAUGUAAUAUUUAUUCUACACAUUUUUACAACAUUGAAUCCAUCAUUAGUAAAAUGAAGGAUUCUCAGAGGGUGAGAUAACUCCUGGAAAUGACUGGCUUAGAAUGGCCAAUGGUAUAGAUGUGUGUGUCCAAGUUAAAGGAAACGGCAGGCUGUCUUCUUCUAAUGGAUUUGUUACAAUCUUUGCAAGCUGGGCAACGUUUGCUGUGGUCUGGAACAACAGCUAUCAAAAAUGCAGCCAAUAUUACAUACAGAUAGUGUCAUGCGACAUGCAAAUAUAAAUUGAAUUAAGAGGACUCAAAGGAAAUUAAAUGAGCUCAAAUAUACCUACACGCGAGGCAUAAUGAUGCAAUAUGUACAUACAACUAGACUAAAUAGCAUGUUAGCUUGCAGUCAUGCACUGACCAAUUACUGUAUGCCUGAUUACUUCAUCAACAAAGCUCACCUUUGUUUAUUCACGCACAGCAAUAAAAGUUUGGUGGACAAAAUGAGACAAAAAAGGGGUGGCAUAAAACACGUCUUAGAAAGUCGGGAGAAAGGUGUACAUGUAAACAAACUACGGUGAGUUCAAGGACCGCCAAAAUUAGUAGGACAAAACGGCGCUCGCCAAAUAAUCUCUAAUCAGUGAAGCAUGUUUAAUAUAAAUAGUGUGAUUUAUAACAAUUAGGAAGGUUUGUGUCAUGUUUGUCCUCCUACAGAAAAUAUAUUAAAACACAAAAUAUUAUUUUACCCUCAUCUUUUUCAAUUUUUCAUACAUUUUUGAAAAAUCUCCAGAGAGCCACUUGGUAGGCGCUAAAGAGCCGCGGGUUGCCGACCCCUGGACGAGAGCUAAAGCCAUUUUUACUUCCAUAAACAGUACAGUGCGUGCAACAUCAUGACGUCAUGUCUGCAUGCGGGUCGGAUUGCAUUAGAAAUCACAUUUUUUUGGUAUUGUGAAGGGGCCACUAAAAAAAUCAGAAUUGGACAUCUGACCCUGCAGAGUGAACGUAACCUAAAUGAUAUGUCUUGGAUAGGUUUUGGUGUAGAUGUUGUGCUCCACGGUCAGAUUUAUAAUCCAUUUUUUGAGUAGAGUAUGUCUGCAAGAUGUUUGAUUGUAGCUGUGGUCCCAGGUUGCAAAUGAAACCCCGCCCCACCUUUAUCAAAAGUAUCAGAAUCGGUUAUUAUUGGCCAAGUAUGUUAGGGAUUUGACUCGGUAAGCAUCAUUUAUAUUUUCAAAAUGUACACUGUUUAGAAAUAUAUCUUGAAGUCAAUGUAAAAAGAAUUUCCAGACAGUGUUGAAAAUAAACGUCCUAAACGUUAUAUGGAAUUGCACAGUCACAUCAUUAGGUACACCUGCACACUCUCCAAUCGAUUCAGAGUUGCAUUUUAACAAGUUGCUUUUAGCAGCAUUUGACUGAUGUCAUUGUGGCUUGUGCAGCCCUUUGAGGCACCUGUUGUUAAGGGCUAUAUAAAUGAACUUUGAUUGAUUAGUUGAUUGAUUUGUCACUGCAUGUCACACGUCAGUGUUAUGUGCAUGCCAAGAUAAAAUUUAAAAAAACAACGUUAUCCUAACUUUUUUGUGUUACCUCAAACCCUUUUUUCAAACUCAAAACUAUUUUCUCCUUGGUGGCUAAUCCAAUUUUGUAGUGGCCCAAUAAACAUGGAAGUAAUUAUUCUAUUGACACAGAGCAGGCGGGAGAGCAUGAAAGGAGAAGGAUACAGAAGCUGCAGAGUCUCAGUUAGUCAGCUCAUCAGAGGAGGAGGCUUGCAGAGACAAUAUGUCCAAGAAUGAGUACAUGAGUACAUCAGUCCAUGUGUGAUGUCACAGAUUCCACACUAUGUAAAAAAACAUUCCAAAACCCAGUGAACACAGGCAUCCAAAACUGCAUGUAAGCUCACGGCCAAAUGCAUGAACUUUAUGGUUUAAUGCUUUAGCUUUGUUUAACACGGCUAUCCAACAUUGUAACAACAUUUAUAAGUCAGAAAAGAGGAAAAUCAUUGCAGGUCUCCUUUAAUGUGUUACUUUGUACUGACAUUGUUUAAUAGUUAAAGUGGUAACGCUUUUAGUCGUGUGCAAUUAAACUAUUGAUACUUUAGGUCAGGGGUCCCCAAACUACGGCCCGCGGGAAGUCUCAAGUUAAAAAAAUAAUAAAAUCUGUCCUUUCUAAUCCAUUUUCUACCGCUUGUUACUCUCGAUGUCUCCUAGCCAAUCAGGCAUAUCAUAUUGUCUAAAAAUGCAUUUCCCCAUCGAUAACGUGACAUCAUCGCGCUCUGUAUAUAUAUUUAUGUAUA